UUAACCUUACAUUCACAGACCCUUUCCUAUGUAUUAGAAACUCUGACCUUGAUUUGUUUAUUCGCAACCCUCGUUAUCCUGCUGUGCGUCCGAAAGAAGUUACAGAAAGAUCGGACCAUGGUUCAAAUAAGCUUGACCCUUGCUCUCUUGUUGUUUCAUUUGUUUACGCUCUUCUCUGAGGUUGCGCUGCUGGAUUCAAGAGCCUGUAUCGUCACAACUAUCGGAACUCAUUACUUCCUGCUGGCUUCAGCACUUUGGAUGAUGGUAGAAGGCUUAACUUUGUUUCUCAAGACAACAGAUUCUGUUCUACAUGCAGAGACCACUCAUUUUUACAAGUUGUUACGAUAUGUCACUGGGUGGGGCGUACCAGUGUUUAUUGUUGGCAUAGUUGCCGUCAUUGGGCUCAAGAAUGGAUAUUAUAUUGACCAAACACCUUCAUUGUUACCAACAGGCUCCAAUGGUUUGCCCGAGUACCAAAAAUGUUGGCUAAGCAGAUCUCUCACUAUAUAUGGAGCCAUUAUACCUGUGUCAUUGACCAUACUUAUAAACUUCUGUGUCUUGGUCAAAGUUGGAAUCUUCAUUUACAACAUGAGCAGAAGUUCUGAGCAGUUUAAACCUUCACAAUCAGAUGAGAACAACACUUCUCAUCUUAAAGCUGUGUUUUAUGCAGUCUUGAAACUGGUACCUGUGCUUGGAACUACUUGGAUUCUGCUUCUUGUUGCAGGUGAGAACGUUGGGUUGCUUUACGUCGCCACAAUAAUGAACGGGCUUCAAGGAGUUUUCCUGUUGGUCAUUUAUUGCGUUCUUGGUUCUGCUGUAAGGAACGCAUUCAUGAGGUAUAUAAAGAUGCGGUUUAUGAACAGUGAAUCGGAGUUAAAACUGAGCACGCGACGCAAAACAACAGAGACUGGCGUGUCACAAAGGGUGGAGGAAGUCACAGAAUCGCAGAUGUAAAUUAUACUUCCUGACUUUUGUUUGU